AUGGAGGAGUCAGACCCUCCCUUCAGUCAGGAGCUGCCCAGCAAAAGGAAAUGGAGCCCGAGUCGGCCCAGCUGUUGCACAAACGUGACAUCCCAGACUUGGGCACUCCCAGGGGCACCUGGCCACCCCAGAAGAUGUCUGGACAAUGUGGUCAAUGAGCAGAGUACUUCCCCACCAGUGCCACACCUCCAUGCCUUGCUGGCCAGUGGAGACGAGCCUCCCACACAGACAGAAAUCUUUGACCUCCUCAAAGCCUCCUAUGAGAAAUUCAGCAUCCUGCGGGCCAGCGACACUGAGCAGAUGCGGUUUAACAGGCUGAGAGUGAUCCAGUGCUUGGAGGACACAGCCAAGAGGAGUGUGGUCCGAGCCAUACCUGGGGACACUGGCUUCUCCACUGAAGAGCUGGAAGACCUUUACAUGGUGUUUAAGGUAAGAGCCGAGAACAAGGACAGGACCUGUAACUGUGACCUUGUCUUCCAAGAGCAUCCUCAGCACAGAGGUUCCUGCUGGAAGAGAAGGGGUUUGGAAGCAUCCGUGCAUGCACUUGCUGUGAAGUCUAAGUGGGGCCUGACCCUGCCUUGGCCUUUUCCCAUGGCAUCCCUGGCCAGUCUGUCCUUCCCUCCCUUGUGGGGCUGGGGCAGCUGGCCGCAGGGAAGGCUGAGCUGGCCUGGCGAUACUCUGAGGAAGCCUGGGACUGGCUCCCGGGCCCUCUGCAGCUGUGAGGAGGUCCUGUCCCAGCCCCCUGGAGCCUGCACCGUCCUGGGGAGCCCCUCUCAUCAUGCCCUCCUCCUGCCUUCUCCCACAGGCGGGAUGUACCACGGGGACAUGACUGAAAAGCUCAAGGUGCUCUAUAAGCUGCACCUUCCCCCAGCCCUAAACUCUGAGGAAGCCGAGUCAGCCCUGGAGGCCACCCACUAUUUCACGGAAGACAGCUCCUCAGAAGCACUACCACAGGAAGAUCGGGAAGGAAGCAGAAGCGAGGAUACCCAAGAAAAGCGAGCAGAGGAGAAGGGGACCAGCCCCCCAGACUACCGACUCUACCUUCGCAUGUGGGCCAAGGAAGAGGCUCAGAAGGAGACCAUCAAGGAUCUGCCCAAAAUGAACCAGGAGCAAUUCAUUGAGCUGUGCAAGACGCUAUACAACAUGUUCAGUGAGGACCCCCUGGAGCAGGACUUGUACCACGCCAUUGCCACAGUGGCCAGCCUCCUCCGCAUCAGUGAGGUGGGGAAGUUCUUCAGUCCCAGUGUCAAGAAGCCCACGGGUGGCACUCCCAGCAGGGACCAGUGCAGUUCUACCGAGGAUGAGUCCCCACUGCCAUCACCUGCAAGGGAAUCCCAUCAGGACCCAGUACAGGAAUGCCAGCUGACAGCCACGGGGGACCCCUGGACCAAAGCUGGUGGAGACACCCACCUUGGAAAAGUGCCACAGGAGAGACAGACGGUGGUAGAGGGGGGCAGUGGAGAGGGGCAGGGCUCACCCUCCCAGCUCCCGUCUGAUGAUGAAACCAAAUACAACAUAUCCAUGUCCUCCUACUCAGUGGUCAGCAUGGGCUCCCUGCAGUGUGAGAACCCCACAGCCACUGCCCGCAUUGGGAACACCAUGGACGCAGACUGGUGCAUCUCCUUCAAGCAGAUCCUGGCCUCCAUCCUGCCGGAGUCUGUGCUGGUCAACUUCUUUGAGAAAAGGGUGGACAUUGGACUCAAGAUGAAGGACCAGAAGAAAGUAGAGAGACAGUUGAGUGCCUCCAGUGAGCACGAGCCAUCUGUUGCUCUGGGCUGAGCCCCUUGGCUGAGUGAUUCUGGCCGAGGCCUCUGUCCCUCCCUCCUUCCCUUUGCAGUUUCUCAUUAAAGACACAGCCCUCCUGCUCCCCCUUGGAAGCAGUGAGUUGUAAGUGAAAGGAAGGCUGAUGCCAACACAGCUGCCUUAGAAAGAGUCUCUGGGCCUGCAUCCCCUAGCACAGGCCAGUCCUGGGAACCAGGAAUAAGUGGCAGCUCCUCCAUUCCUCUCUGCCUGUGGCCUGGGAAGGCAGGAGAGGACAGCCCAAAGCCUUGAGACCCUGCACCCACGUGGGAGACCUGGAAGAAGCUCCUGCCUUCUGGCUUUGCAUUGGCUCAGCUCUGGAUAUUGCAGCACUUGUUGAAUAAACCAGUA